ACACCGUUACCACGGCAACAGAUACACCAACAGAGGCUGCUGGUUUUCUCCGUGAACUCAUUGUUAAGAGAACGGGGAAAAUGUCUCAAUUUGACGCAGAAAGAGAUAUCCAAAAUAUAGUCGGGGAGCUCGUGCAGGAGUGCACGAGGCGGGGGCACGUGCUGACAGAGACUCUAGUGACGUUUAUGGUGAAAGCUGUCAUUCUGGACCCUACGAACGGCAUUGAUGCUGAGAGAAAACUCACAGAACAAGACACCGAGAAGCUUAAAAAGCUGUGUCUGGAGAAACUUCUGGAGAAGGGCAGCCCAUCACUCGACAGCAUCAAAAUGCAGCUGUAUUUCUACAUGAAUUACACCUCUCAGCGUGAGUUUCUCAAAGAAAUCCAUGUCAGUCUGGAUUCUCGACUGUGUCCGCUGAGUCGGCAGAUAACAGACUGCAGAGUGAAAACCAGCCAAGAAUCUGACGCGGUUUACAGCAGAAUUAUUACUUACAUCUUGCUGCAAUCUUCCAUGGGCUCACCCACAGACGUGGACAGCGUACAGGAAGUUAAAGCUGCCCUUCAGAGUAUUUUUCCUCAGUCUGAGCUGAGGUCCUUCAUGUUUCUGCCGAAGAAAAAGAAGGAAGAGCAGCUCCAGGAGCUCGCCAUGAUCUCCACGGGGAUACGGCUCUUCAACAAGGCCAGCCAGGACAGAGAGGGGCAGUUUGACAUCCGAGAACUGUUGCCCACUGUCCUGAAAGACGCCCUCUCAUCCACCGGACAAACUAUCAGGAAGGAGCUGAGUGAGACCCGGACUUUAGCCUGGAAAUUCACGGCUGUCCUGGAGAAACUAACGCAGUGCAGCCGUCAGAGAAGACACAGUGAAGAUCCUGUCGCCCUGCUCAAACAGGCUCUCUACAAUGUUAGGGCUCAUGAGGGCUUUCUCAAAGUCUUACUGACUGAUGCAAGCUCGUGCGAGAAGGUCGUUGAACUUCUUCAGACUGAUCUCUCAUCCCAGCUGAAGAUCCUGACAGAAACUCUGAAACCUUCAGAAACUGCACCAGCUCAGAGAGUCAUCACUUCAUUCAAAGCCCUCUCAUCAAUGUGGUCUCGGCUUCUGGAUGAGGCAGAGCUCCUGAACUUCCUUCACAACAUCUCAGUGAAUCUUCGUCCAUUCGUGGCCUCGCAGGCAAGUGUUGGUUCUGAAGCUGGUCUGGACAGCCUGCAGGGGGCAGCAGAGGUGAAGAGUGAUGAGCAGAGGGUGGCAGAGUCUUCUGGUGAGCAGAUUGAUCCAGCCCAAGCAGAGACAAAGGAAUGGCUCAUGCCUGAAGCAGCGUCCAGCUACAGUGAACUGCCGCUUCAAUAUAACGGUUUCUGUGGUUACACGUUGGUGAACAGUGAUGGCCUUCUGCUGCCAGGAAAUCCACACAUUGGAGUCCUGAAGCACGAGGGAAAGCUCUACGCUUUCAGCUCCAAAGAAGCCGCCUUGAAAUUUGCCUCCAGUCCAGAUGCUUUUGCUGCAGAGGUGGUGGAAAAAGUCAAACGCUCUCCUGAACUCAUCCCCCUUCUCAACCUCCAUCAGCAGCUCUCCUACGCCAAUCCGUACUCGGUGGUGAAGAAAGAGGAGAACUUGGGGACAGGGUCCUCCUGUAAAUGUGACAGUGGAACACAGACAGACAUCCACCCCAUAGAAACAAACAUUGACAAGUCGUAUGAGUGGAAUGAAUGGGAACUUCGGCGAAAAGCUCUCCAACUGGUGAAUCUGCGAAAAAAAGUGACGCACUCCAGUCAGACGAACCAGAGCCACAUGAGGCGGGAAAAUGCAACUCAGACCUGGCUGCAGAAGGACGCCGCGUGCCAAAGCAAGAGAGACUGCGGCAGCAAUGCCACCGUGCCGCACGUCUACCUGGCAGGUGUGACUGGACAAAAACAGGCUCAUGUGGUCAAAGUGAACCUGUCCAAACCUGCUUAUGAAGACUGAAUGACUGCAGCAGCAUCUAUCUAAAUAAAAUUCACUGAAGCUAAACCA